CGCCAUGAAGAGAGCGGGGGGUGCCGCCCACCUCUGCUCCGACCGCCUCCCCGAACCCCGGCAGCAAGACGGCAACCACGCACCCCAUUUCGCCAGCCGCAGCUCAUGCCGCCGUCGACAGCGGCGCCGACAUGACAAGGCGCUGCAUGCCCGCUAGGCCAGGUUUCCCCUCUUCCCCUGCCCCGGGGUCGUCGCCCCCGCGCUGCCAUCUGAGACCCGGUAGUUCCGUUCCUGCGGCCGCGGGCAAAAGGACAGAGAGCCCUGGGGACAGGAAGCAGUCAAUUAUAGAUUUCUUCAAACCAGCUUCAGAACAAGAUAGGCAUAUGUUGGAUUCUCCACAAAAAUCAAGCAUCAAAUAUGGAGGAAAUGGCUUGCCCAUCUCUGGGACAGAGCAGUUUGAAAGGAAAUUAUCUUCACCAAAACAAUCCAAACCCAAAAGGGUGUCAUCAGAAAAGAGUCCUAUUUUAGAAGUCUUAAUGAAAGGUGAUAAAGAACACCAUAGGGAGCAUGGUGUACAUGAGUCACAUCGGCCAUGUGUGUCACUAGUCACCAAAUAUCCAAAGACAGUUACAAAAGUUUGUGUUCCUUCAUAUCAUUUGUCAAAAGACAUGAAGGCAUUAAAGAAAAAACAUCGAUCUCCAGACAGAAGGAAGUCAUCGUUUAUUCAUGAGAAGAGCAGAGAGAAGGACAGAGAUCGAAGCAAGACCAGUACAGAUGUCAUAAAGCAGGCCACAGUGACAGAAGCUGACACCUUCAAGAACAAUUCCAGAAGUAUAAGCAGCAGGAGCAGCCUAUCUAGGCACCAUCCAGCAGAAAGCCCACUGGGUGCUAAGUUCCAGUUAUCACUAGCUUCUUACUGCAGAGAAAGAGAACUAAAAAAGUUGAGAAAGGAGCAAAUGGAACAGAGAAUCAAUUCAGAAAAUUCUUUCUCCGAAGCAAGUAAUUUUUCCUUAAAAUCCUCGAGUGUAGGAAGAAAAUGUAAACCAGUGCAAGAGCAGAGUAAACAGAAUGAUGUCAUACCUGGAAAAAGUAAUCUUUCAAACCUGGAAAAUGGACAUCUAUCCAGAAAAAGAUCCUCGUCUGAUUCUUGGGAACCUUCAGGCUCUAAGAAUAAAUUUCCUGACAAAAGAAAAAGGAACUCUGUGGACUCAGAUCUAAAAAGCACAAGAGAAUCUGUAAUGCCAAAAGCAAAAGAGUCCUUCUUUGAGAAGCGUUCUGAAGGACCACAUCAGAAAGAGAAAUUUAUAAGACACAUUGCACUGAAGACCCCUGGUGAUGUACUGCGCUUGGAAGAUAUAGCUAAGGAACCAAGUGAAGAAGCAGAUUGCUCCUCUGCAGCCUUGGCAUCUACAAAUUCUGGUCACCAUUCUUCGAGGAAUGGUGACCACAUCCAUGUGGAAAGUACCAAAGAGACUAAGAUGCAGAAGCCCCACUUACCUGUACCUCAGGAAAAAUCUGGAGUUAAAAAAGCUAGCAACUUUCAGAAAUAUAAAAGUGCUAGUCCUGUGGUGUCAAAGGACACAAAACUUCUACCUUCGUUCUCUCUAGUUCCAAGUGCUGGUUCCUCUCGGGCACCAUUCACUGUUAAAUGUUGCGCUCCCCCAGUUCCUAGAAAAGAUAAAGAGCGUUCCUCAUCUAAAGAAUGUACCGGACAUUCUUCAGAGUCAUCCAAACACAAGGAACACAAAACGAAGACUCAUAAAUCUGAUUCUAGUGUGUCUUCAGGGAAAAUUUUUGGGGGAUCUUUGCAUUCAGAUUAUGGCACUUCUACAAAGUCUCCUCCUGCUGCUUUGGAAGUUGUGCCAUGUAUCCCACCACACCCUCCAGGAUCAUCAGAUAAAGCCCCUUUAGAUAAAGAGUAUUCAGGAAAUUUCAGUGCAGGUAGCAGUGCACUGAAAAGAAAACUAAGGGAUGAUUUUGAUAGUGAUGAAGAAAGUUUAGGUUACAACCUAGAUAGUGAUGAAGAGGAAGAAACUUUAAAAUCACUGGAUGAAAUAAUGGCUUUGAACUUCAGUCAGAUGCCUGGAACUACAGGAAAGCCUCCUGCUCUUUCCAAAGGGCUUAAACCUCAACCAUCAGACUAUACAGAAAGUACUCAUAGUGGAAAUUACACAAAUUCAUUAGACCGUCUAGUGAAGGAAAUGGAAGACACACAAAGGCUUGACGAACUACAAAAGCAACUACAGGAAGACAUCAGGCAGGGCCGAGGCAUCAAAUCUCCACUAAGAAUUGGAGAUCAAGACAGUACAGAUGAUGAGGAUGGCCUUUUAGAAGAGCACAGGGAAUUUCUAAAGAAAUUUUCAGUUACAAUUGAUGCUAUCCCUGAUCAUCAUCCAGGUGAAGAAAUAUUUAAUUUUCUUAAUUCUGGAAAAAUUUUCAAUCAGUAUACCUUGGAUUUAAGAGAUUCUGGUUUUAUUGGACAGAGUGCUGUGGAAAAGCUUAUUCUUAAAUCAGGAAAAACAGAUCAGAUUUUUCUGACAACACAAGGCUUUCUUACCUCUGCUUAUCAUUAUGUCCAGUGUCCUAUUCCUGUAUUAAAGUGGCUAUUUCGGAUGAUGUCAGUUCACACAGAUUGUAUUGUAUCUGUGCAGAUUUUAAGUACAUUGAUGGAAAUAACAAUUAGAAAUGAUACCUUCAGUGAUUCACCAGUGUGGCCCUGGAUCCCAUCAUUGUCUGAUAUAGCAGCUGUGUUUUUCAAUAUGGGAAUUGAUUUUAGAUCUUUGUUUCCUUUGGAUAAUCUCCAGCCAGACUUUAAUGAAGACGAUCUAGUUUCUGAAAUACAGAUGACACUUGGGAGAAAAAGAAAUGAAGAUUCAUCUUACGAACCAAUUUUUUCAAGUCUUCCUGAAACCAACAUUUUAAAUGUGGUUAAGUUUCUAGGCUUGUGUACAUCUAUACAUCCAGAAUGUUAUCGAGACCAUGAAAUAAUGCUGCUGAUUUUAAUGAUCUUUAAAAUGAGUUUGGAAAAACAGCUGAAACAGAUUCCUCUAGUGGAUUUUCAGAGCCUUCUUAUAAACUUGAUGAAAAACAUCAGAGAUUGGAAUACAAAGAUACCUGAGCUCUGUCUUGCUAUAAAUGAACUCUCUAGUCAUCCCCACAAUCUUUUGUGGUUGGUACAGCUGGUACCUAACUGGACAUCACGUGGAAGGCAACUGAGACAGUGCCUCAGCCUAGUGAUUAUUUCAAAGCUUUUGGAUGAGAAACAUGAAGAUAUCCCUAAUGCCAAUAAUCUGCAGAUAUCAGUCCUACAUCGCUAUCUUGUGCAAAUGAAGCCUUCUGAUUUGUUAAAGAAAAUGGUCUCAAAGAAAAGAAUUGAACAACCAAACAGCACUAUUGAUGACAGUCUUCAUAUGGAACUUGAAAAACAGGCAUAUUAUCUGACCUACAUUCUUCUUCAUUUAGUUGGUGAAGUUAGUUGCUCUCAUACUUUUUCUUCUGGACAACGGAAACACUUUGUGCUACUCUGUGGAGCUUUGGAAAAACAUGUCAAGUGUGAUAUUAGGGAAGACGCAAGGCUUUUCUAUAGAACUAAGGUUAAAGACUUGGUUGCUAGGAUUCAUGGAAAAUGGCAGGAAAUAAUUCAGAAUUGUCGACCUAUUCAGGGGCAGCUUCAUGACUUCUGGGUACCAGAUUCUUAACAGGAGUCGCAGUAUAUGAACUAAAAGAAAUCUGAUGACCUUUCUCAAGGAUUACUGAAGCAUUCCAGUGGAAUGCUCAGAAAUGUGCAGCAAGCAAAUGUGCCACUUGAAAUAUCUAGGAUAAGGAUGGUAAUGAAGAAAUUGCUGUUUCUGAAGCAGAUAGGAAACCCAAUCUACUUGCAGCAGCUGGCCUUUCAAAAGAGAAUCCAUAAUACAAGAGGAAAAGAAUAUAAACAA